CACUUCCUGUCCGCGCUUCCCUCUGUUAAAGAUGUAAAGAUGGCGGAGCUGCAGAUGCUGCUAGAGGAGGAGAUCCCGGCUGGACGGCGGGCUCUUCUGGACAGCUUCACUAACUUGGAGAGAGUGGCGGACUAUUGCGAGAAUAAUUACAUACAGUCUGUAGAUAAGCAGAGAGCUUUAGAAGAAACCAAAGCCUACACAACACAAUCCCUCGCUAGUGUCGCUUACCUGAUAAACACCUUGGCCAACAAUGUCCUGCAGAUGUUGGACAUCCAGGCCUCCCAGCUGCGCCGCAUGGAGUCCUCCAUCAACCACAUCUCUCAGACGGUGGACAUUCACAAAGAGAAGGUGGCCAGGAGGGAGAUUGGAAUCCUGACCACAAACAAGAACACUUCCAGGACCCACAAGAUUAUCGCACCUGCCAAUCCAGAGAGGCCUGUGCGCUAUAUUCGAAAACCCAUUGACUACACCAUGCUAGAUGACAUUGGCCAUGGUGUCAAGUGGUUGCUUAGAUUUAAGGUCAGCACACAGAACAUGAAGAUGGGGGGUCUGCCACGAACCACCCCGCCAACGCAGAAGCCGCCCAGUCCUCCCGUGUCGGGGAAAGGAACGAUUGGCCGACACUCUCCUUACCGGACCUUGGAGCCUGUGCGACCCCCGGUGGUUCCUAAUGACUAUGUGCCAAGUCCAACACGCAACAUGCCGCCUGCACAGCAGCAGAGCCCAGUUCGGACUGCAUCUGUUAACCAGAGGAACCGCACAUACAGCAGUAGUGGCAGCAGUGCAGGGAGCCACCCCAGCAGCCGGAGCAGCAGUCGGGAGAACAGUGGCAGUGGCAGUGUUGGUAUCCCCAUAGCUGUGCCCACGCCUUCCCCGCCCAGCGCGUUUCCAGUCCCCGCCCCCUCUGCCGGCACUCCUCCCACUCCUCUUCCUACUUCUGCACCUCCUAACCCGCCCCCUCCGGCCCCUGCCUCCUCCCCCACCCCUCCUUUGGAGGCCACAUCGGGGGCCCAGCAGUCUCUUGCUGAUGGCUUUAGCUCUUCAACCCCCACUGCUGUGGCCACAGCUACCACCACCACCACCACCACCUCUACUGCGCCAGCAGCAGGUCACACUACUCAGUUCUACAGUAUGAACAGACCAGCCUCCCGUCAUGCUGCUCCCACAAUAGGAGGGUCCCUGCCAUACAGGCGCCCACCCUCUGUCACAUCCCAAAGCAGUCUGCAGGGCCAGGUUAAUGGUGGCCCCUACUUCAACCAGAAUCAAGCCUCUGCCCCCCACGCUCCUCCGCCCCCCUCCAUCCUGCAGAUCACCCCACAGCUGCCGCUCAUGGGCUUCGUGGCACGUGUCCAGGAGAACAUUUCAGACACUCCACCACCCCCUCCUCCCACAGAAGAGCCCGUGUUUGACGAGUCCCCACCCCCACCUCCUCCUCCAGAGGACUAUGAAGAAGAGGAGUCGGCAGUGGUGGAAUACAGCGACCCCUAUGCUGAGGAGGACCCCCCGUGGGCCCCAAGGAGCUACCUGGAGAAAGUGGUGGCCAUCUACGACUACUCGAAGGACAAGGAGGACGAGCUGUCCUUCCAGGAGGGCGCCAUCAUCUACGUGAUCAAGAAGAACGACGAUGGCUGGUACGAGGGCGUGAUGAACAGCACGACGGGCCUCUUCCCUGGCAACUACGUGGAGUCCAUCAUGCACUACGCAGACUGAGCUGGGCUGGGCGUGAGCAGACCAACUGGGUGGCGUCUCUCCCUCCCGCCAAGACCUCCGCCAACACAACGAAGGAUUCCACUGUAACAAACCAACCCGCCAUGUGUGUCGUCCACACUUCCAGGAAGAUGACCGCUGCCCCCAGCUGAGCGAGGGGCUCGCUGGUCCGGGGCUGGCGCUGAUCUCACCGAGCCGUGCCCGAGGGCUUGAACUGUGAACCCUGGAUGCUGUCUGUCGUCCCCUCGGAGAAGUGAAAUGUGAUUGGUCAGCCCCUGUGGUGAUGCAAUCUGUACUAAUGCUGUUAUCCAACGCCCCCGUCCCCUGCUUCUUGUCAUUAUUUUUUUUGGUUUUGUAAUCCCCCCCCCUUUUGUUAACUGGUUAGAACGCUGUUGUAUUCUGGGUAGGAGCUGGCGCCCAGUCCCUCUGACCCCUUGUGGAUGUAGUGCUCUCUCUGGACUGCAUGCUCCAAUAAAGCUAACCUCCAGGC